AACCGUGACAACCACCAUUAACAGCCUGGUCUGUCUUGUCUGUCUGCCUAAUUUGCUUUCUCUCUCCAACCUUCCUAUCAUACCUACCCACCUACCCAACCUAUUCAACCUACCUUCCUCACAACUCCUUCAACCUCGACAUAUCGACUUCAACACCAACCAGUGACAGACAAAGAUGACGCAAGACCAAAUAAUCGGUACAUAUGUGCACAUCCCGGGGAAACCGAGGGAGCAGCACGCCCUCUACAUGCUCCGGUGGAUUGCCAGCCUGGUGAAGCCUAUAAUGAACAAGGGGGGGUAUAAGGUGGGCUGUUUGGCUGAAUUUUAUCCUGUGCAAAAGAGCUUACUCGGCUUGAACGUCAAUAAUGGUGAAAAGGUCUGCAUAAGGCUCCGCCAACCCUACGAUGAUAGCGUAUUCUUGGACAUUGAGGAGUGUGUUUAUACGAUGCUGCAUGAAAUCACACACAACCUCCACGGUCCCCACAACGACACAUUCUACGCCCACUUGAAAACCCUCGAAGAGUCCUACUCCACCCUUCGCCGUGGCGGCUACGAUGGGGAAGGCUUCUACUCGGAGGGUAAGCGCCUGGGCGCUGGGAUUCCCAAGAAUCCGCUAAUGUCCGAAGCUCGCCGACGAGCCUUGGCAAUGGCGGAGAAGCGACGGGACAUCUACUCCGGGUCUGGCCAGAUGCUUGGUGGUGGGAAGGACCCACUGCCCAGUGGGUUGGGUAUUCGUGAGAAGAUCGCCGCGGCGACGGAGCGGCGUAUACGUGACUCGCAGACUUGCGGCGCUGGGAGCGGUGCUAGGGAUAGGGGUGCUAUGGAGGCAGAGGCUGAGAGGACGAUCCGUGCCGGGACCGUCACGGUUGGCGAGGAGGAGGAGGAGGAGGAAACAAAACAGGAGGUGGUGGUGCUAGACGAAGACCCGGAAAACGAAGCGGCAAUAAUGAAUGCUGCGAUAGAACUGAUCCAGGAAGCGGAGCGUGAGGAAGCCGAGCAGAAGCUACUCUGGGAGGAACAAGACGGCAUAGUCUGGAUUGUAGACGAUGAGGACGGUCCGAUACAAGUCGAACUCCCUCCCGCUGCCGCCACCACUGCCGCCACCACUCCCUCUCCCCCACACCCCCGCAUCCCGGCACCAAUAGUAAUCACCUCCUCCCCUCCCCCCCCACCACCUGCAGAACCUCAAGACCUCCCCCCAAGCUACGAACAAGCAACAACCUGGGCCUGUGACCUCUGCACUUUAAUCAACCCCUCAAUCCUCCCCCGCUGCGAAGCUUGCUCCUUUGAGCGGCCCGAUAGCACCGACUCUGCUACGUCCCCGCCUCCCACACCUCUGUCGCCAAUCUACCAGAACCCACCCUUGACGCAGGCAGUGAUUGAGGGGAAGGAGAGGGAAAGGGAGAGACAGAAAGUCCGGUUCCUCGACAUGCCAUUGAUGAUUCCAGAGAAGAGGGGUGAGGCGGCGACGCCGGCGGGGUGGAUGUGUGUUAGGUGCGGAACAGGGAAUGGUGAGGGUUGGUGGGGGUGCGGUGGAUGUGGCGUGGUUAGGGGGGAGAUUUGAGGCAUGCUUACAAAAUGAAUGUGAGAAAGGGAGAGGGGAGAGUGAAUCAGUCUUUCUUUAUUUUGCUUUUUUUUUUCUUGUAGGUAUUUGCUUGGGGGUUGUU